CUGGAACACCCCGAAUUCAGGGUCGUACUUCAAUUGCAUCAUGUUCAUGGUGGCGAGUAGCGUCGUUUUGACGGUAUUGGUGCUGAACUUUCAUCACAGGACGCCGGACAGAUACAUCAUGCCGCAGUGGAUUAAAACAGUAUUUUUACAAUGCCUGCCGUGUUUACUGCGCAUGAGUCGUCCAGGGAAGAAGAUCACAAAGAAGAACAUUCUGGGUGGCAAUCGAAGAGGAAAGAGCAUAGAACUGAAGGAGAAGAGUAGCAAGAGUUUGCUGGCGAAUGUUUUGGACAUCGACGAUGACAUCCGUCACAAGAAUAGCGCGGCAAAUCCUCCUUCCGGUUACAUAAGGUCGGCGUUCGGUACACCGAUCUCUACCGGAAGACCAGCAACGGUCGAAGAUACGUCGGCAUCGUUGCCUCUCAGCGGGAUGCAGGAGGAAUUGCACACGAUACUCAAGGAACUGCGAUUCAUCACGGAUCGCAUGAAAAAGGCGGACGAGAGCGACGAGAUCAUUAGCGAUUGGAAAUUCGCCGCCAUGGUGGCUUUGUUUGAUCGUCUUCACGUUGUUCACGGUUUUGGCCACGAUAGUGAUAUUGUGUCGUGCGCCACACAUAAUCGUCCAAUAAAUAGACUGCCCCGGUCAAGUCACCGAAAAAAUGCACAAAAAAUGCCAAAGAAACGACGACACGUGAGUUUCAAGGAGGCUGCCACGGCGGAACGACCACGAGGAACGAGAGCGCGUAAACGACUCGCCCUUUCUUCUCCGCUGCUCUCUGCCUAUCUUCGUCCCUGUUCCCUUGUUUCCUUCCGCGGCAGGAAGGGACCUCUGGGAACGGAGAGACUGCACGAGCGCGAGGAACGUGCUCUUCCAAUGCUCGACGGGGAGCCUCCUCUCGGUGGAGUGGACAAGAAGGGAAGAGAGAAGACAAGGAAGAAGGAAGUGACCGGAAGAGGAGGACCAUCUCUUCGUCGUUCGUUCGGUUCUCGCUUGCCGACCAAAUUACCCGAUUGAACCGUGUUUCGUUCGUUUCGCGAACGCGUGUCCCCUCGCACGAAAAAGAAUAGAAACCGCGAGUGUAAAGCGCGAGAGAGAAAGAGAGCACGAAACUCGACGCUCACACUCGAAGGCGAUACACACAUCACACACACCACACACCACACACACACACAAGUAGA